AGGCAGCUAUAUAUAUAAGUUCAGUUAACAACAAGACGUAUGGAGUCAAGUCUGGAUCAGUUUACGUUUAACAGCAGACCGGCAGCUGCAAACUUCCAGCCCGGCUGUAAAGACCAGGGAAGACCGGACAAGGAACAGUUCAAGUACACAGUGAUCAUAUGCAACAACACAUGCUCUGUUUGCCAGUACUGUCAUAUCAAGAUAAAGCAGCAAGACCUGAUGCUGAUGACGAAGUCUCAGAGGACGACAAACGAUGCAUCGAACACUCCAUGCUUUUAUGGCUUCCAUUGUGACUGCUUUUUUUUGUCAUCAAACGUUCUUAAAAGCUCUACAGAACUGUAUGGGUUUAACAGUCUUUCUAAAUACCAUCGACAUUACAUCGCUAGAAAAAUAUCAAAGUCGCAGUCAAAGGCUCAAGUCGGCGGAUCACGGGAAAUUCCGGGUGAUUUGAAAGUGGGAUACUCAAUAUUAGAUCGGAGGUUCAACCACUACUGUGAACAAUGUAACAUGGCUAUGCUUGCAAGUGACAUUAAAAUCGCGGGCAUUCUGAAGAAGCACAGUGAUUUGGUAGUUUAUCAUCCGAGAUGCUUCUCUCAAGCUUUUGAAAGACACCCUGUAAAAUUGCAGGGGCUGGAGAAGCUAUUACCGUACGAUAUAUCCGGACUAAAGUCAAUACUGAACAUUAUCACUACCUCAAGUACCCCACAUAACAAAUAUCAAAGCAAGUCUACCCCAAUUGAAAAUGUGAUGAAGUUUAGAUCCUCAAAAGACGCUUUCUUCUGGCCACGUGCCAACUCUUCUUCAGGACCUGCCAAUAUGGAAGAACAGAACACAGCCAGCUCCUCCUUCUCUUCCUCGUCUGGUGACAAGAUAUGGGACUCCCUUCAUCCAUCACGUCAACAACCUCCCAAUAAUCCCAGCUACAAAUCACGGAGUAAACCAUCCUCGUUCGAUGAUUUGAUACGAAAUCAUUCGAAUAGAAACCCAGAUAGUGUCCAUCGUGCUAUUUCCAAUCCGCCAAGGACUGCUGAUCUUUCCAGAAAAAGAAAGACUUCAUUCAAACCAAACACGGACCACUCAAAUUCACGAUGGUCGAAUCACGGUAGUGAUCCUAAGAAGACUGCCAACCCGCCUAAAAGAGAGCAAUCUCACGAAUCUUGUAGAACUUCUGAUUCUCAUUCAGGGUUCAGUAAGGAGUCUGACCCGGAAACGUCGGAACCUUCCGGUAAGGUGGAGCUAAAGAAGAGUACUAUCCGGAGUGAAAUAACCAAGAUAUUGUACAAAUAUAACCACGACUACAUCACAUCCAAGAUAGUUCGGACCAUGUUGAUGCAGAAGUUUUUACUCUCGAGCUCCAGUGCAAAGGUUUCAUCUUCCCCUACCCACCCCAACCCCUGGAUUAAUCAGUGA